AUGGGGCAAAUAUUGGGUUCAUAUAACGCUAGAAAUGUAGAUCUAUACAUGGACGAUAAGCCUACUUUCAAUCAUCAAGACGGAUUUUCUUUCGAACGAAAACAACGAGAAAUGAUAGCACGAGAGGAAGACUUGAUUUCUGCUAGAAUCCCCCCAGUAAAGCGCGACUAUUGUGCUCAUUAUUUACUGGAAUACCAACAGUGCCGAUAUAAAAAUAUGCCAAUGCUGUACAGAUGUGCUCAUGAGAAACACGACUAUUUGAAUUGUGAACAGCAGGAUUAUGUCCUGCGUAUGAAAGAAUUUGAACGUGAACGUCGCCUUAGGGUUCGGGAAAGACGUCUUGUUGGUGUGGCAUAA